AUGGAGAUACUGAAGCUGCUAGCCUGCUGUGCAGGUCGUAGAGAUGCACAUUCAACUCUCAUCGAUGCGGACAUUCCCCAAGGUCAGUUCCAAGGAUCGCAAGCUUCGCGCGACCUUCAUGUGACUCAUUCCACAAUCGACCUGUCGGAUGAACUAGUUGACAAUCAUACCUCGACACCAAAUGGUACUCUGUCAAUCGAUUCGGACGGCUCAUCCUGGGACGAAGAGCUCUAUCGCUGGGGCCCCUUUCAAAACAUUCCGGACACGUCUUUCGCAACGCUCGCCGCGAACGCGUUUUAUUCGGACGAGCGUGGUGCGCCGUUCGUAGUCGAACGCCGCGUACAUGGCCAUCACAGCUUCGUGGUCGUCCUCAGCAACGGUACCAGCAAACUGAUUGUCAAAAUCCCGGUAGUGGGCACGAAAGAUCGAUGGAACAAGCAACACGAGCCAAUCCUGAGCUCUGAGGCAGACACCAUGGACUGGAUUAAGGACCAGGUCCCUCACUUUCCAGUGGCCGAUGUAUUAGAAUUUGAUACCGGCUUUGACAACGAUAUUGCCGCGCCAUACAGCUGCCACUCUUUCAUUGAAGGCAAGUCUGCGAUCGACAUCUGGUACGACAGCGAUGAAGAAGAAGAAGAAGCCGAAGGCGAAGAUGUCGAGACUAAUACUACCACCGAAUGGACGGACGAUCCUUCCGAGGAAUGCGAGCAGCGUCGCCAUCUAUUUCUUCAAUCUUUGGCACGAACCAUGGCUGAGUUGCGUCAUGUCUCCAUGAGUGCUACAGGCAUGCUACAACUGGAGGGCGACGAUUUUGACGAGGCAACUAUAUGUCCGCUCGUUGGUUACAUGGGAGCAGGCUUUUUGAUCGACCACCCAUAUUGGAGUUUUCCAGUAUUCCGUACUGCUUCAGCAUUCUGGAAAGAACGUCUAGCCCGUUACAAUCCUACCAACCCCUAUUCCAAGGGCUUGCGUGUUGUGCUAGAAGUAAUCGUCAAUUCUCCUCCCUUCUCAUGUUCGAAAGCGUCACCUCAGGAUGAGGAUGAGUCAUUUACACUUUAUCACCCGGAUCUCAACCUACAGAACAUCCUCGCGGCAGAUGACGGAGAAGUGGUCGGAAUUCUUGAUUGGGAAGGCGCCUUCUUCGCUCCUCGCUGCGUUGGCCCCAUCUCCCUACCAUCAUUCCUCAAAUCCGAUUGGACGCCCAUUGCAGAUACUCUUUCUGCAGGUCGACUGGAACACCUCAGCAAGUACCGCGAGAUCUACACGAAUGCAAUGGUUGAAGCGUGCGGUGGUCCGGAAUCAGACGCCAAAUACACGAUGCAAUCGGGCUUAUAUGGUGCAGUCGUAUAUAUGUUCUUUAGCAACUUUGGCCCAAAUUUCCACGACAAGGCCGCCAAGCUUGUCAAGUCACUAUUCAAAAAGAUUCCAGAACUGCGCGAUAUUGAAGGGGAAGCUCUUGAAGAGUUUCUCGGAAAUCUUGGGAAUGGUUCGCUGGAGGACCGCAAGAUCUUGGAGGAAUGGAUUCCCAAACUUCUGGACCACCGAACUUCGUAA